UGCUUUAUUAGCUGGGAGUGGUGGAGAAAAGCCAGGCAGGAAGAGGCAGUAAUAAGAAACAUUUUUUUGACUUCUCCCACAUCCAGACCACAAAGCGUUCGCCAGGCGGCCGCGUCGGGGCAGAGGGGCCGGGACGGGAGCCGAGCCUCUCCGGGGUCCACGGGAGCAGCCCCAUGAAGCUCCCCGGGGUGCAGGGCACGGCCGGGAGCGUCCCUGGCUGAGCCUGGUGUGGGACACAGGGGGGCCGCGGCCAGGAAUCGUCCCCAGGAGCAGCAGCACAGCCGGGCAGCACCCACGGGGCCGGUGCGGAUGCUGUAGGAAAAUGUCCCAAGAAGCCUGUGGCGGGGCCAUGCUGGCGCUUCUGACCUUCUCCCUCGGCCUUGCUGCCGACGAGCUGCUGUGCGUGUGCGACGUGCCGCACUGCAGCGUGCCCACCUGCACGGGCAAGGUGUGCUUCGUCAGCAAGCGGCGGGAGGACGGGAGGAUCGCCCAGCACCGGGGCUGUUUCUCCACCAACCUGCUGGAGAACUGCCGCCCGCACGUGAUGGAGCAGUUCGGCACCAGGUGCUGCAACUCCAGCAUGUGCAACGCCGAGCUGGAGAUCUACCUGCCAGGAGAAGAAGCCCUGGAAAAGGCGCCGUCCCUGCCCAACCUCCUCCUGAUGAUCUUCGUCCCGCUGCUCGCGCUCCUCGUCCUUGCGGCGCUCACGACGCUCUUCUUCUGGAAGCUGGCCCAGCACCGCCGCGAGAGGCUCCUCUUCAAGCACAGCGACCUGGGAGACACGGACCUCAUGCUGAAGGCCUCCCUGGUGGGAGACAGCACGCUGGAGGACCUGCUGAACGACGACUGCACCACGGGCAGCGGCUCGGGGCUGCCCUUCCUCGUCCAGCGAACGGUGGCUCGGCAGAUCACCCUCGUGGAGUGCGUGGGCAAAGGGCGCUACGGCGAGGUGUGGCGAGGCGUGUGGCACGGGGAGAACGUGGCCGUGAAGAUCUUCUCCUCCCGGGACGAGCAGUCGUGGUUCCGUGAGACGGAGAUCUACAACACCGUCCUCCUCCGGCACGACAACAUCCUGGGCUUCAUCGCCUCCGACAUGACGUCGAGGAACUCCAGCACCCAGCUCUGGCUCAUCACCCACUACCACGAGAACGGCUCGCUCUACGACUACCUGCAGAGGACGGCCCUGGACGUGGAGACCUGCCUGGGGCUGGCGGCCUCCAUCAUCUGCGGCCUCGUCCACCUCCACGUGGAGAUCUUCGGCACCCAGGGCAAGCCCGCCAUCGCCCACCGCGACCUGAAGAGCAGGAACAUCCUGGUGAAAAGCAACCGGCAGUGCUGCAUCGCCGACCUGGGGCUGGCCGUCAUGCACUCCCAAGGCAGCGACUACCUGGACAUCGGCACCAACCCGCGGGUGGGCACCAAGCGCUACAUGGCCCCCGAGGUGCUGAGCGAGCAGAUCCGCACCGACUGCUUCGAGUCCUACAAGAAGACGGACAUCUGGGCCUACGGGCUGGUGCUCUGGGAGAUCACCCGGCGGACGGCGGUGAACGGCAUCGUGGAGGAGUACCGGCCGCCCUUCUUCGACGUGGUGCCCAGCGACCCCAGCUUCGAGGACAUGAAGAAGGUGGUGUGCGUGGACCAGCAGACCCCCGUGAUCCCCAACCGCCUCUUCUCCGAUUCGGUUUUGUCAGCCCUGGCUAAGGUGAUGAAGGAGUGCUGGUACCAGAGCCCCUCGGCACGGCUCACGGCCCUGAGGAUCAAAAAGACGCUGAAGAAGCUGCACCACUCCCUGGACAAACCCAAGCAGGAGUGCUGAGCACCGGGCUGCAGACCCCCCUCACCGUGCCCCCCCCGGCCCCCCCCCCCCCCCGCUUUUCCCCCCCCCGGGGCUUCAAAUAUCGAGGGGAGAAAAAAAAAAAAAAAAAAAAAAAAAAAAAAAAAAAAAAAAAAAAAAAAGGGCAAGAAAUCUUCCAGCCCGUUUAUAAAAAUAUCCCCAGGAGCCGAAACUUGAUGCUGGCCGGGGUGCACAGCGGGCAGCCUGCGCCCGGCGCCAUCCCACCCCGCAGCCCCCCUGCCCGGCCGGAUCCGGCCCCGUGCUGUGCCCCAGCGGGGCAGCACCAGGAAUUCCCCGUCGGGCCCCCGGCAGGGCGCUGGGUUUGGGGUUUUGCUGGAAAAGGCUGGUCCCAGGGCGCUGGGGGGCUGCGCGCCCAGCCGCUUGGAGCCGCGCGUCCCGGGAAUGCCGCAGAGCCACGGGAAGGUGCUGGGGGUUGAGACAGCCGGGGCCCGAAUCCUUCACCCGAUGAGCAGCCGGCGCUUCUGCUUUCCAAGCCGUUUGGGUGUUUUCUCGGCAUUUUGGUGCUUUCCAGGCCUUUUCAUGCAUUCUGCAGCCGGCUCCUGCUCGCUCCCAGUUCGGGUCAGGGACUACUCACGGCCUAGCCCAGGACGUUCAACAGAAUGAGAUGCGUGCCCUUAUUAUUUAAUUAUCAAGAUUUAAUAUAUUUAAUAAAGCAUAAAGCUAUUUUAUCGCUGCACAGCCUCUCCCACCGGGCACUGAGGAGGGGAACCCGCGGCCCGGAGCUUGUGCAUGGCUUAAUUUAUUGCUUCGACACGGGUGUAGCUGUCGUGUAUCGGUCCCGCGCGCUCGGAUCCCGCAAUAAACCUCGCUCCAGCCUCUCCGCAACCCUCUCCCUGCGACCGCCCGAGCUCGGGGCUGCCGGCCCUCGUGCUUCUAGGAAUUUGCACCAAGAAAAAAA